GCCGGCUCUUUGAGCCGGCUCGUUCGCGACCGACACAUCACUAGUACGCAGGGAACGUGAAGGCAACAAAACAUGAACGUACACUUUUGUUUGACAGAAAGCAGUGAGUGCGCACUUCUGUAAACCAUGGUGUAAAGCAGACUUUGGGAUGGCAAAGUUGAACUUUUCGGUCUAAAAGACCGCAAGUCGAUGGGAAACUCGAGUUAAUCCGCCAUGGGGGCUAAGUGGUCUCGCAGCGAGAGCAGCCUGUCGAUCCUCCCGGAGAGGCAGAGCUCCGCGCGGCAGGGAGAGGACAAAGACUCCGAUAACGACUCUCUGGACGGGCUCGUGCGGCGCGAGGACAUAGCUCAGUUCCCCUACGUUGAGUUCACAGGCAGGGACAGCAUAACGUGCCCGACAUGCCAAGGCACCGGGCGGAUACCCUCAGAUCAAGUGAAUGAACUGGUUGCACUGAUCCCAUACAGCGACCAAAGGCUACGACCCCAAAGAACGAAGCUGUAUGUGGUCCUGUCAGUGGUGUUGUGCCUCCUUGCUUCCUCCCUGGUGGCCUUCUUCCUCUUCCCUCGCUCUGUGAUCGUGGUGGAUGAUGGGAUACACUCUGUGUCCGUACGCUUCGACCACUUACAAGAUAAAGUCCUAAUGAACAUGACGAGCACUCUGAACCUGAGCAACCCGAACUUCUUCUCGGUGCUGGUGCAGAGUGUGAGCUGUCAGGUCCUCUACAUGAAGAUGGUGAUCGGAAACCAGCAGCUGAACAACGUCACCACCAUCCUGCCGCUCAGCCAGAGACAGGUGAACUACACCGUCAGUGUGGAGAUCGGGAGCAGCGCCCCCUACGUCUACGCCUUCUGUACCAUGCCCAGCAUAAAAGUCCACAACAUUGUUGUUUCUAUGCAAACCACGGUAAAAACCUCAUACAUGGUGCGGACGUCCCAGAACAGCCUGGAGGCGUACCGCUACAUCGACUGCGGCUCCAACACCACGCGCUCCAAGCACAGGCACCCCUCCUCUGGCCACGCCCUCAGCGCCCCCCUGCUGUGAGGUGACGCUGCACACUCCAGGAUGCUUCAUACGGACAUACACCAGCAGCAGACCCCAUCAGAUGGUGCUCUCUCUUGAUGUUACAUAAGCAGCUGAUAACUCGUGCCAUUUAACCGUGUAGCCGGGCAACAGGCGAUUCCUGUUAGGCGUGGAUAUUUCCUGCCCUUUCUUUGGAUUUGUACUCGCAUUAACAGGGCUGCCCAAUGCAAUAAGAGUUAAAGAAAAGGUUGACUUCUCAAACUUGCUGACGGAAUGAGUCACAUGUUGAUAGAGGAGUGACUAGCUGAACGUGGAGCACUCGUUGUCCCUGUUUCAGAGGCAGGACAGAGACAGCUCUUUCUUCAAAGGGAAUGGCAGACAUUCCAAGCUGACAAAGGCAUUUAGCUUUAAUUAACGCUGUGUGCUGUCGUAACAUGGGAGCGUCCUACAGCUUUGUGAUGUUACACUGUUGGGCUGAGGCUAAAGGAGGAGGCUUGCUGUUUUCUGUUUGGGAUUUAGUGCGACCUCAGAAGGGAAACCUUAAUGAUUGAAUGUUUUUGCACCUCGAAACUGGGACAUAUUGUUAAACAUAUUGCUUUUGCUGUUUAAUUGAACUGAUGCUGAGUUGAGAUGUUCUUUCACAGCAUACUGAUUUUAGAUUCAGGGCAGAGGAGUGUCACAGAGAGGAAACUGCUCUCAGGCUACAUGUUUUGUAUAAGCUAAUACGGAGGCCCUGAGAUGGAGUUGGGGGGGGGGGGGGGGUGAAACCAUUUCUCUCCUGUAACAAAGAACAGGUGAUUCCAGUGUUUGUUGUUUGUGAAACGGGUGGAGAAAAGGUAGUUUUGGCAGUUGAAGAAAUCACAACAAUCACUAUUCUGUUAUUUUCUUUUAAGGGUUAAAACUGGUGAAAAUGAUGAACGUGUGUUGUAAUGCUAAUUUCGGCAAGCAUUUAUUUUUCUUUAACGUCAAUUAAAAUAUAUUUCUAGCCAAUAGGAUUGGUCAAAGAGUCAUGACAGUAAUGGGACACAAUGUUUUUAGUGGUGCGCUUCGACCUGUUGUGGUCAAAAUGGGUAACACUUUUUUUUAUUCACCUGCCAACUUUAGUUUCCACCUUUUUUGUUUUUUAACGUUUUAAAAGGUGAUCCUGACAAAGCUUUUAUCAGCUGCUCGUAAGUUAUAAACGCUGGUAAGACGUCUCUUACUUUAAAAACAAAUCUCUGGAAUUUGUUGUCAUUGGCAUCUCGGCGCUUAUGUCUUAUUAUAAACUAGGAUAUUCUGGAGUUAAUGACAGUAACAGACAAUAUUUGUAUCAUUUACACUCUUGGCUAAGCUACUGAGGAAUAUAGGAACAUCUGUAUACAGUAUCCUUUCAAAGAUGGCCUUAAAAAUCCAGAUGUGUAACAGAAAACCGUUAAUGAAUGAAAGUGUGUAUUUUGAAUUGCAUUCGGUCAGACCGUAAUGGAUCUACACGGUUAUUUCCUCUGCGUUACCCUUCAUCUGCGUGUUUUGAUCAACUCCUCUGUCGUAUGACUCAUUUCUCAUCCUCAAUCAGGAAGUACAUUAUCACUAUUCAUGGCUGAAACCUCACAAAAUGUUUUCUAAUUAUUUCUGCUACAGGAUCUGUUCUGUCAUGAGGUUGACUUUAAAAUGGAAUCAAAGUCACUUAAAACGAUUUAGAUUUGUUAUUUUUUUUAAAGGGACAGUUUGUAAAUUUGUGAUUGAUUUUUAAAAAACUAAACGGUUUAUAUUGUCAUGCUUAAAAGUUAUUAAAGGGAUGUUUGAAUAAAUAAAACUAAUAAUGAAGCCCAAUA